AUGACGGGCCUCGAUCCAAAAACAGACACGAUCAUGAGCAUAGCAUGCAUUUUGACCACGUCGGACCUACAGCCCCUCGAUCCCGGGGGAUUCGAAGCAGUGAUCCACCAUACGGCCGCCCAGAUGUCCGCCAUGUCCGAGUGGUGCGUACGAACGCACGGGGCGACGGGCUUGACGCAGCGGUGCCUGACCAGCACGACCAGCGCACAAGUCGCCGCCGACGCUCUCCUGACUUACAUCAAGCGCUACAUUCCCGAACCGGGCCGCGCCUUGCUGGCGGGAAACAGCAUUCACGCCGACAAGGCCUUUCUGAUGGUCCCGCCAUACAACGUCGUGCUCGACCAUCUGCAUUACCGCCUGUUUGACGUCAGCGCUACCAAGGAGAUGAUCCGGCGCUGGGCCAGGCCCGAGGUCCUGGAGCGCGCCCCGCGGAAACAACUGGUCCAUUCGGCCCGCGAGGACGUGCUGGAGAGCAUCGAGGAGGCGCGGUACUACAAGACCCUCAUCGAGGGUUUGUUGCUGCCUGGGGUGUCUGCAGAACCAGAUGGGCCUGCCGUCGGAGUCGGGGUCGGCGCUGGCGCUGGAAGAACAACUACCGGGGUCGCAGGUCUAACCACUAAUCCGGGGGAGAGCGAGGACUUGCUGCUCUUCGCCACCUUCGGGGUACCCGUUACAGCCGCCGACGGCACAGGCCACGGAACUGGCAAUGGUGACGUCGGUCAACUCGACGCCGGCUUUAGAACUGAUGUACCGUGA